GUCUGUAAGAUCAGGCCGAUAUUGUCGGCAUUCCCACCGUCCAUCUCGCUUCUGAGCCCAACAGACAAAGGAUUUCUUGUAUUAUUAGUCCUCAGCGUGUAGUAAAGCAUUCUGUCAGUGCGAGUGUUUAUUUAUCGUUGUCAUAAAACCUUAUCGAGAUCAUUUUGCAAGUUGAGGGAUCCGACACGGAUUGACCCCCGCUCUGGUUCCGACUUUCAACAGUUAAUAUCUCAAACAAGUAACUGAAGUGCGCCAAUGACAGAUCCAAGGACGCAUGCACUCCGUGUGGUAUUCCACUGAUGAUUUUGUACUCGUUGGAGUCCUCCAAGAUCGGCGCCCAGUGGCUGGCGUGGCUUUCUCUCAGCUCCCUACUCCAUCCAGCCAACAUUCUGAAAUGGACCAUCGCCAUUGAGAGUCCAGAGAGGAGAGAGGACACACCGGACACACACACACACACAUGCACAUGGUACAAUAGUCGCUCCGAGGCUCCGAGGCUCCUAGUGCUGGCGAAUCCUCCUUAUUCAGUGCAUCUGUACCCAAGUGACACAACGACAAGAACGUUUCCGGACUCGCUCACACUAUCUGUAGCUCUACUAUCAGGAUAUUAGCUCAUCGACGAGUGGAAUAGGGAAUUACUGAGCACUGGGCACAUUAAUUGAGUUCGUGGCCAAAUUUCAGCUGCAAGGAAUCCCAAAGCAGGUGCAAAGCCAUAAUAGAAGAGAUCAAUAAAGCGACUGACUUGGUGUUUUUGUGGAACGCUCGUGAUUGAGGAGGAGAUCAUGGUCCCUGAGUACCGUCAAAGAGUGUGUCUGGUCUGCUAGAUCGAAGGUGUAAUUCUUCCAACAUGGACUUGUCUAUGGUGGAAGUGUCCCUAGGAGCUCUUUUCAAAGCGGCCAAUCAUCUCCGAGCUCGACUGUUCGGCGGAGAUCCUCGAGAUCGUCUGGAUUCGAGCUACCACCGAUACAAAGGAGGCAUGGCAGACUCGACCGACCAGAACGAUACCACUCCGGCUGUCCCUUGUCCAGGGGGAUGCUCCAAUCACGGAGAAUGCUUCAAUGGAACAUGUCUCUGUCAGAUACAAUUUGAAGGAACGGAUUGCUCGAGGAUCAACUUUAGCUAUCACGUUGCCUUUGCCUCGAUCUUCUUCUUGCUUUCUCUCACCUCACUCGUUCAACUGGUUAUGUGCAUUCAUGCGGAGUAUUUACGGAUGAAGAAACAUCCAUCCAUUUUGAAGGCUUGCCGCGUGACCACGCAAAAACUGCUUUACUUCUUGGUAUUUGCGGCUAGUCUCAUUCGAGGCGCAUACUUUGCCUCACCCACUAUCAGUUCGCAACUGUCCAUCAGUCUGCUUUCCGCCUACUACCCGCUGGUCUUAACAGGAUCCUCUUUGAUUGUUUGCUUUUGGGCAGAGGUGUUCCACCUUCAACAGAUCCGCUGGGAUCGUCCGCGUUUCCUCUCCAAGUCCUUUUUGGGUUUCUUGGUUUUCAAUCUCAUCUCCUACAGUCUUUUCAUUGCUGAAUUGGUCUUGGUUUGGGUGGACCACGACGACCGCGAGUUCUACACCCACAUUUUCAACGGUUGUUACGCGGGACUAAUGUUUAUCGUGGUCAUUUUCUUUCUCAUUUAUGGAGUGGAGGUAUUUUUUAAGGUGAGGGGUGGGUUUACUUUAUCCAAAGUUCCCGGAGUGAUUUCGUCUAAUCGAGCACCCAUUAUCAAACGUCAGAUGUCCAGACCUCUCAUGGGAGAAACUAAUAAUGACAAUGUCGUCAACACUAAUCGUUCUUGUGAAGUUCAAGAGCAAGCGCAUGUGCCAAAGUCUCCAAGUAGAACGAUUGAAGCCAUUGAUAACGCUAUCAACACCAGUCAGCUUCAUCAGUCCCGAUUGGGUCUUCUUUCACAAGCGCUCAUGAUGAUCAUCACAUGUGGAUUUCUCUUCUCCGAGACCCUCGAGCAAUUCUGGAAAACCAAGGUGGACCUCCAAAGUCGGAACACUCAUGAUAUCAUUUUCCGUACGGUUGAGAUUGGAGUGGCCUUGUGGUUUCCGUGUGUUCUGUGGAACUGCAUCCGACCCGAUCAAUUGUGGUGUUUGAAUCCGAAAAAAAUCCUUGAGAGAUUCCCUCCCAACGCAAGACAUCAUGUGAACUCACAUGGAUUGGGCACUGGUUCGGAUAGAGUCGAAGGUGACCUCAAUAACAGUGAUGAAGACGAUGGUACGAAAUGCAGAAGCUCCAUUCGAUAUCUGGGGGGUCAACGGAUCUGCAUGGUUUCUUUUAACAUUUCAGACGAGGAGAAUGAAGGCCCGGAAUGUUGGAUUUGCUAUGAUAAUGACCGAGUGGAUGCUGGCCAAAUGAUCAAUCCUUGUAACUGUCGCGGAGACGUUGGUGCGGUUCAUCAUGAUUGCCUCCGUCGUUGGCUGGUGGAGAGUGCCGAUAACCCGGAUGCUUUGCGUUGCAAAGUUUGCAACGUGGAUUACAAGGUUGAAAAGGGGUCUCAGUUCUCCCUAACUCAAGGAUUCACCCCACGCCAUUGGAUCCAAACCCUAUCCAUCGUAACCUUGAUGACCCUUUCAAUCGCGGGAUCCUGGACGGUGAUUCAGCUCUAUUCAGAGCCUUGGGCGAAGAUGUUGGCCGUGGGUUCGGCUCUUCUAAUACAAUACAUUUGCCUCAGAUUUCUCGGUCUGAACACGUUGACCGCCUACCAACGAGCCAAAGUGUCAGCCCUCAAAAUUGUCAGCCUGAACAAGAGACGUCGUCGGCAAAAUCGUCAGCAAACCAUCAUCGCCAGUUUGACAUUGACAUCGCCCGGAGCAGGAAACCCACCUUUGCCAGGGACACCUUCUACCCUGGUCUCGACCCGAGUUUCUGAACAAUAAGUGACGUCAAAGUUACUGGAUAGGAAGGAGUUCGAUCCAUCCAUCAAAUGUCAUCUGAGCCCGAAACAUACCAAGACAAAUUGAGCGAUGUUAGUUUAGUUUUCUAAAGCAUUGAAAGAAGUUGCUUGCCAUUUUUUGGGUCUCGUUUGCUCCAACGUUUCCUAGCAAAAGCAAUACCCACCCAUCUAGCAUCAAAAUGGUCGGGAAAUACUGUAUUACAUAUUCCUCCGAGUCAUGAUAUUUUGUUAUUAGUGUGCGAGAUGAAGUAGAAAACGAACUUUUCCCAGGAGCCAAGCCAUGCCCUUGGUUCCCAAUCAUCGAUUACUCGACCCAAGUACAACUAGAUCAGAAUUUAAGAUUGUAAUUACCACCAAAUUAGAAUGCCUCCCGCUUUCCAACCACAUUGUCAGUCAUUCGUGAAAUAAAGUUAUAUGCUCUGUAUUUGUGAAAGACUAA